UAACUGUUAGUGUGAAGAGUGGAAAUUCCAUAUGGAUUAACUGUUAGUGUGAAGAGUGGAAAUUCCAUAUGGAUGUAAGAACCCAUCAUUUCUUCCAUUUAUAGUAACUGUUAGAGUGAAGAGUGGAAAUUCCAUAUGGAUGAAUUUGAAAGAUUUUGAGCUGAAAAGAAUUCAAGUCUGUGAGUUAUUUCCUGAAGUCGUGAAGAGAUAUGGGGAAACAAAACAGUAAAUUGAAACCAGAAGUUCUAGAAGAUCUUCGCCAAAAUACUGAAUUUACUGAUUCUGAAAUCCAAGAAUGGUACAGAGGAUUUUUAAAAGACUGUCCGAGUGGAAAUCUGUCUAAUGAAGAAUUCAAGAAAAUUUAUGGAAACUUUUUUCCAUAUGGAGAUGCAUCUAAAUUUGCAGAGCAUGUAUUUCGCACAUUUGAUGCUAAUGGUGAUGGGACAAUAGAUUUUAGAGAAUUCCUUUGUGCCCUUAGUGUGACAUCUCGAGGAAAGUUAGAGCAAAAACUUAAAUGGGCAUUUAGCAUGUAUGAUCUUGAUGGAAAUGGGUAUAUUUCACGACAAGAAAUGUUGGAAAUUGUAUCGGCUAUUUACAAAAUGGUUGGCUCAGUAAUGAAGAUGCCAGAAGACGAGUCAACACCCGAGAAACGGACAGACAAGAUAUUCCGUCAAAUGGAUAAAAAUAUGGAUGGGAAAUUGUCACUAGAAGAAUUUAUUGAAGGAGCCAAAAGUGACCCAUCUAUUGUAAGGUUGUUACAAUGUGAUCCUCAUUCAUCACAUUGAUAUUUUAAUAAAAACAAUGAUAAUAAUAAAGAGCUUUUUGAGACUACCAACAGAUGGAGAUUUUUAGAAUUAAGAUUCUGGACAAAUAUUGGUGUAAUGAUUUUGUUUUCAUUUUUCCAGGCCACACCAACUAAGAUCUCUUGUUAAUUAUGUCGAAUGUGCUGCAAGUCUAAAAAAUUAUGUAUUUACAGACUUUUGUGGUUCAGAUUUACACUAUAGUAGGGUUUGUUUAAUCUUAAAUAUUACAUCUUGCAAUUUUAAUUUUUCUCUGCUGAUAAUUCUAAGGUUGAUAUUUACCAUCUUUUUGAUAUAAUAUUCUUUAAAUUAUUUGAAUAAUAAGAAAUUUAUUAAAAUAAAGGUGAUUAUAAUAGUUAUACAAGUAAAUAACUGUAUAACAAAAUAGUUACAUUUACACAAUUUAAAAGAACUUUCUAAAAAAUAGCAUUCUCAAAACUAAUGUUUGUUUUACUCCAGAAAUAAAGUUAAAUAAGGCACAAAAUAACAAUUAGUCAUUGCCCAUCAGUUAAAAAGUGAUAUCUUUUAUUUUAUCUUAAACUGAAAAUGAUCUAACGAAUUCUGAUAUCUGUGAGGAUAUCAGUAAGGAAGAAAGAAUCCAUGAAUGAGGUAAUGGACCAAUCUGUUUGAUAUCCUGCAGAGACAGCAACAAAUCAAAGAAUAGAUUGGGCCUCUUAUGUCAUUUACAAAUAAAUUACCAGCUAGUCCACUGAAUGAUGUUUAAUAAUUAAGUAUUUUGUUAUUAAUGAUGAGUAAAGGACUAUAUAUAUAUCAAAGCCUACAAAAAGUACUGAUAUCACUCGGUGAUUGACACUCUUUUUCAAUAACUUACUAAACACUAAUAAUGUGUAUGUGGUGUGAUGAUGUCAAUAUGAUGAUGAAGCUGGCUUUCCAAGAUGUUGGACCUUAAAACAUGCAUAACUACAAAUUAUUAUCACAUGACACUUUUAUCCUGUGUUCAAAGUUUAACUAUGUGUAUAGCAUAUUGUAGUGGUCCAUGAGACAGUCUGAAAGGCGAUGUAACACAUGUAGAAAUGUUCUCUUUUAAAACUUUCCUGACACCAUUAUAUUCAGCAAGAAAUUUAUUGCAAUAAAUAUAACUAUAUAAAUUUUUUUUUCAAAGACAGACUGCAAUAAAAGUAACAUACCAUAGAGUGGUUAUUAUUUGAAAUGUAUAAAAAAUCAUUAGGUGUGGGUCCUCAACCAGGGUGUCUAAAGCUAAAAAUUUUAGGGAACCUUUUAACAUACUGUAUAGGUCAUAUACAUCAAGGGAUUAUACAUCCAUACACAUUAUGGGAAAUUCAACCCCAUAACUUUGUUGUCAAUGUAAAACCUUUUAGCCCCUAAUAGAGAAACUUUUUGUUGCAAUAGAAUUGGUUGCUACUUUUAAUACUUACAAAAAAUUUAACAAUUUGUGUGUUGGGAUUUAAAAUAUAAUUUAUUCUUCUUACCAUAAUAUAUGUCGUGCAGAAGUUUAUCUGAGAGGUGUAUUGGCAUUAAAAUAUGGAUGCUUAAUUUUGUUACUUGCAUCUUUAUUGUUUUAUAAGCUGGCUUCCAGUGUAAGUCCGUAUCAUUCUCCUAUACAGUUAACGGUAGUCAGUUUUAAUAGACCUGUUUGUUUUAUAGCAUAAAGUAGAUUUUGUUAUUACUCAUUAUUUAUACACUACUCGGCAGUCAAUUAGCCUUCUACAUUCAGCAGGCACCAGCAUUCCUGACUGCAAAAAGCAUUUGAUAUCUCAUAAACACAGACAUGUCGGUACGGCCAUGUACUUUAAACCACAUGAAUUAUCUAGCAUUGAGCAGUAUAGUGAAACAUUUUUAUCUUACAUAUUUACCAACUCUGGUUGAAAUUAUAUGAACACCAUUUCAUUCAUGUAAUACUGAAGUGUGAAAAUAUUUAUUUGUGAUAUGUUAUCAUUAGUGAAGAUAGGUUUUAAAUGGUUAUAUAUCAAAUCAUAAUGAAAUUAAAAUAUUACAGUUAUGCUCUCUCCUCUUAAAACUUCUCUUCUCUCAUUUACAGUGCAACUGUGUGCAAUGUUAUAAUUUGUAUAGACCGGCAAGCAUGGUCCAGUGUUUAGCAUGAUGGUUUAGGAGCUGUUAUCACCCAGAAAAAUCACACUUUACUUUUUGGGGCCAUCAGAUAAGUGUGACAGUCAAAUCCCAGUCUUUGAUUAGUGUAGCCCAAGAGCUGGUGGCAACUAGCUGCCUUUCCUCUAGUCUAUCAAUUCUAAGUUGGGUAUGGCUAGCACAGAUAGUCCUUAAGUACCUUUUCACAAAAUUGAACAAACAUGUAAAGAUAUGGACCUUACUGCCACCUGUUUGAUAGUUUGUAGCAUCUCAACUACUGGCAACAGAAUUCACAUUUCAAAAACAAUUGAAAAGAGAAACUUAUUAUUUAAACAUUUUCUUCUUCAGGUUUCAGCUUUGUAAAAUGUUUUCUUAAAAUCAGGUUUCGUCUUUGUAAAAUGUUUUGUUAGAGUAAGGUUUAGGUUUUUUUUUACUUGAAAUCAAAUAUAGUAUAAUUGCCACAGGAUCAUACAAUAUCUAAUUUUAAGAUUAUUUAAUAUUGUAAUUACACCAUAUGUUGUUACUUCCAGUUCUUAGCCAAUUAAAGUGAGUUGGACCAUCAAUGGAAGUAUGAAUAACUUAUAACACAUAGGCAUGAAAAGCCAUUUGAGUUUUAAUAUUUCCCAUGCAUUUUCAUUUGUAUGAUAAUUGUUCAUAAGUUUCAUCAAUUCAAAUGUUAAAGUCCUUUGAAAUUUUUGUUCUUUUUGGUACUUUUGGGCCAUGUAUAGCCUAGUGGUUAGUGGACUGUGAAUCUGGGGAUUCGUGGUUCACAAGCCAUUGGUACAAAAAUGUCCUUUGGGAUUAUAGGUGUCUGCUCUCAAUAUUAAAUCGGA